UUAUUGACGAGCUAGAGCUUGCGAGCCAUCUGAGUGUUCAACGAAUAUAGCUGCUACGUUUAGUUGUAGUCCUAGAUGAGAUUACUGAAUUGAUACACAAUGUUAUCGAUACACAAAACACAACAUAGCUGCUAUGCUAUCAUUGGCUUAUCAGCGACAUUAAUGACUUCCAGAGCAGACUAAUUCUUUUCCAGCUGUGCCAACCUUGGAGCUUCAAAGUGGAAUAUGAGAGACCAUAGCAGCCUAGGCCACAGUUCGCCAAGUCCCCACCUGUGUUUCUGUGUUCUGGAUUACGAUUAUGGAUGGGGGAUUGCAGCCCUCUACUGAAUAAAAACCAUUGGCUAAAAGCUUGGAAACGUGGCAACUGUGAAUUGACAAAUCACAAACAUUCCCUCUACCUAAGCCCCAACCUGAUUGCACUAAUGGGUUAUCCCUAUCAAACCCUUUCACCUUCAAAUAAUUCUCCCUCUCCCACUCUCUCUCUGCCCCUGCUACUGUGCAAGUACAGGGACAGGAAGAGUUGAAAAGAAGACUCAACGACUCACUUGGCCCAACACUUCAAUUGCAGCCACUGGUUUGCAUUUCACAUUUAUGAGGGAUCGAUCAUUCAUUCUUCUUUCCCCACAGUUGUGAUUCAGGAAACCAAGGAUCAGCCAUCCUUCAUCCAUCCACCUGCAUUAUAUAAAUACAACAUUGUUAUAGUAUGGAUGACUACACUGCUGCUAGAGGAGGGUGGUGGGUUCAGCAGCUAUACCCUCAUCAACAAGCCUUCUUCACCAUCACAACGAUGAACAGCGCCAAACUCACCUCCCUGCCACUCGUUCGAAGCCAAAGCUCCUCUUCCUCCUCGGCCUCAGGCAGCAAUUCCGAGGAUGAUGGUCCUCAGCAGCAGCAGCAGCAGCAGCGACAGCAGAGCAUAGUGGUUCCGUCCAAUGGCAUCGCUGCUGCGCUAACUGAAGCUAUGGAUAACAAAGAUCAGAUAUGGUCUAUCACUCCUCAAAUCCCAGCAGAUUUAUCAGUUCAAGUGCAAGAGGCUACAUUCACUGUUCACAAGUACCCCUUGGUAUCAAAAUGCGGCUACAUAGGGCGGCUCGAACUUCAGCCUUCAAUUUCAAACUUUCCCUAUGAAGUCAAGCUCGAUAACUUCCCAGGAGGACCAGAAGCAUUCGACGCCGUUCUAAAAUUCUGUUAUGGCCUUCCCCUAGAUUUGAACCCUCAGAAUAUAGCUCAACUUAGGUGUGCAUCAGAGUACCUAGAAAUGAGUGAAGAGCUUGAAGAUGGGAAUCUAGUCACAAAGACAGAAGCUUUCCUCACAUUCGUCAUUCUCUCUUCAUGGAGAGACACAAUCACCGUCCUCAAAUCCUGUGAUGCCCUAUCUCCAUGGGUAGAAAAUCUGCAAAUUGUUAGGAGAUGCUGCGACUCGAUUGCAUGGAAGGCUUCAAGAGACAAUUUGACAACUACUGGGGAACCAGCAACAGCUAGUGACGAUGCAUGGUGGCUGGAUGAUGUGGCUACCCUCCGCAUCGAUCAUUUCAUAAGGGUCAUAACAGCAAUUAGGGCAAAGGGAGCAAACCCAGAGGUAAUUGGCAAGUGUAUAAUGCGCUAUGCAUCAAGAUGGUUAUCAGGAAUGGAUGAUGAAUUAGAAGAUGUAAGAGGCUAUGCAAACCAGGGAAAGAAUGGGUUGCAGUUCAGUGUACUAAGUGGGAGGAGAAAGGAAGAUCAGAGUGCUGGAAGCAACAAGGAGAAGAAGGCUAUCAUUGAGAACCUAAUAAGCAUCUUGCCUCCUAAAAAAGAAGCUGUACCAUGUAGAUUUUUAUUGGAGAUGUUGAAGAUGAGUAUUGUUUAUUCUGUAUCGCCAGCUUUGAUCUCACAGCUAGAGAAGAGAGUUGGGAUGACGUUAGAGAUGGCCACUGUGAACGAUUUGCUGAUCCCUAAUUACAAAAAUGAAGAUCAAGGGAAGCUACUAAAAUCACCUGACCAACAACGCACAAUGCACAACCUAGAUGUGGUACAUAGAAUCAUAGAGUAUUUCUUGAUGCAUGAACAGGAUCAGCAGCAACUACAACCAACGCCAGGGAAAUCAAGUGUCAGUAAGCUUCUAGACAGCUAUCUAGCUGAAAUUGCCAAGGAUCCGAAUGUAUCUGUCAUCCAAUUUCAGGUCUUGGCUGAAGCACUGCCAGAAAAUGCUAGAGCAUGCCAUGAUGGCCUGUAUAGGGCCAUUGACACCUAUCUAAAGGUUCCUUACUCUUUCACUUUCUUUUAGUUUGUAAGACGACCAAACAAUAUAUAAUCAUACAAAAAGAAAUUUUGCUUUCCUUUUCCAGACUCAUCCUUCACUCGCAGAGCAUGAUCGUAAAAGGGUUUCCAAACUAAUGAUUUGUGAGAAACUAUCCAUGGAUGCCUGCAUGCAUGCAGCACAAAAUGAAAGGUUGCCUCUAAGAACCGCAAUUCAGGUUCUGUUCUCUGAGCAGAUAAAAUUGAGGGCAGCAAUGCAAAGAAAAGAGUCAGCAGCAGAGAGUGGCAAUAUUUCAGAACAGGAGACACACCAAACAGAAACAAAAUCGGAGAUCAUGACACUUAAAGCAGAACUGGAGAAUGUUAAGACACGAAUGGCAGAGCUACAGAAGGACUACGUGGAACUGCAGCUCGACUAUGCUAGGUUAAACAACAAGCAGAAACAGACAGUAUCUUGGAACUUGGGUUGGAAGAGAAUAAGGCCAUCCUCUCUUUUCCAGAGGAAAGCAGAUGGGGAAGAAAUAGAAGAAGGAAGGAAGAGAUCCAAUUCCACAAGCCGUAAACCCAGCUUGAGAAGAAGAAUGUCCGUUUCCUAGAAUUUGAAGCAACAUGCCAAACAUGCAGAAUGUAACUGCAACCAGAGGCUCAAAAGUAAUUUACUGUCUAAUAUGAACUCAAUUCGACCCAUUUGGUUCUUCUGAAGGGAAAUGGUUAGCUAAAAGUAUCAAAUUGGGUCAUCAUUUGAAUGUAAUCAUUUGAGUCAUGCCACAUAAUAUGGCCAAUGCUAUUGCUUCUGUAGUGCUAGAUUAAGCCCAAAUUCAGUUUGAGAGAAUGAUGAUGGUCAUUGCAGUUCGCCACAUUUCCAUGGUGUCAAGCAUCAAUCAAACAGCAGGCUAUCAUAUGGCCAGAUAAUCGAGUGAAUUCAUAUCAAGAUU